UCUCAUUCUGCAAUUUGCAACGUGCACACGCACACUACAUACACACAGAUGCAGCUAUGAGCGCAGGCGAUGUGGUGUGCACAGGAUGGCUCAUAAAAUCCCCUCCGGAGAAGAAGCUAAAGAGAUUUUCAUGGCGGAAACGAUGGUUUAUUCUCCGGAGGGGUCGGAUGAGUGGGAAUCCUGACGUUUUGGAAUAUUACCGCAGCAAGAGUUCCCGUAAACCAAUCAGAACUAUUGACCUUCAGGAGUGUGAGGUCAGCAUUGAGGCGGAUGUGGGGCUCACGAAACGGCAGUACCAGAAUCAGCACCUGUUUGUGGUGAAGACUGCCACACGCAUCUUUUACUUGCUGGCCAAAACGGCAGAGGAGAUGAACAUCUGGGUUCAGAGUAUCGGACAGAUUUGUACAUUUGGAGGACUGAAUAGACGUGCAGAAUCAAUGGACAGUCUUAAUCGCACUCCCUCUUCCCAGCAGCCCUCUCCAGCCCUCUCUCCUCAUGUUUCUCCUGAGGCCAAUCAGGGCACAGUUACUGUCGACAACCACGCUGUCCUCGACAGGCCCAGCGAAUCAGAGAUCAGCCCACCACUUGAUUACCUCUUCCUCUCUCAAUGUGAGACGGGCGUGAAGAGCAUCGUCAGGUGUGAUAGUAUCUCUAACUCAGAACGCUCCUUUGAGCAGAGCUCGUCUGAAUACACAGAGGAUGUUUUUAGCCCCACCCCACUUAAUGACUCCUUCCCCUACCUGUUCCUUUUGGGCAGGACAUCCGAGCCUCCCUUUAGUGCCCCCUGUGGCCCGCUCUCUCUUUCCUCUUCUCUCUCUUCCUCUCUCUCCUCUCCCAUCUCUCUACGGCGGCCACCUGACAUAUUUAGAUUUGACCGACCCUUCUGUGUGAAUACAUCAGAGCCACAGACGCCUCCUCCCCUCCCACCCAAACCUACACAUCUGUCUGAUCUCCACGGGAUUGACGAUAUUGGGCGUAACCAGGUUCAUCCUGCUCUCCUCCCUCGCAGGACAUCAUUAUCGGGAACAGAACAUUUUAGGAGAGGGGAAUUUGAUAAUGCUGGAAGAAACUGGAACAAACGUCUAAGCCUCAACCUGCCGAUAUUUCUGAAUACUGCAGUUACUGAAAACGACUAUGAGGACUCAUAUGUGCCCAUGGCCUCUCCACCAAUCAGCUGCUCUGAUACUGCCUCAGAUGGCUACAUACCCAUGAGCCCCUCCUCUCUGCCUGUCUCCCCACUGACCAAUGUCAAGUCAGAACUGCCCUCGCCUUCGAAUCUCGACAUCGAGCCCCCUCCAGUCGACCGCAACCUUAAACCCAGAAGUCGGGCACGGCCCCCACCCUUAGACCUGCAAGGCUUGUCCACAAUCUCUGAAUGUCCAUUCCAUGUCCCCCUCACACACACCAUGACAGAACCCAGCUCACUACUUCAGUGUAUUCCUUCAGACAGGCAGCCGGGGUGGGGUUUAAAUGGCCCAGAACAGGAAGAGAGCAUAACAACGAUGGAACCUGGUCUAACUCCCUGGAUGAGGCAUCCCAAAUUAGAUUACUUGUCACUUGACUUCAACUCCACCUCCCCCUCACCUGACCAAAAGAAGCCGUCGCUGGCAGACGAUUACAAGGUGGAUUACGUGAAGGUGGAUGAGAAGAAGACACAGGCUUUACAGAGCACCAAGAUUGAGUGGAAGGGUGUUCGUCAAUCAAAAGCCUAAAGGCUUUAGGGGGAAAAAAAUAAUCUAUUUAAAUUAUUACAUUGUUCAAAACUUGACUUGACCUCAUCGCCUACAAUUUCAGGUACAUUUUGGUCUUUACAUGGCUGUGAAAUAAAUGUAAAACAACCCAGUAAAUAAUUGGCUGUGAAACCUUCAAAAUGGCAGAUUAUUCAGGAAAUUAUUCCAGAAUAAAAGACCCGCUUUCAAAAUCCUACCCCUCUUGGACCCCAAGGGUUAGCCGUUUGUAAUGCCUGAUCAAAAAGCUCUCUACGGAUGUUUGCUGUAUUAUGUAUAAAAGAAAGACAAUAAGAAAACAGUAUGAAAAGUUUUGAAAGCGAAUCGGUUAAAGGUAUUCUAAGCAAUCAGGCUAAUCAUUUAGCGGUGUGCUAAGCUAUCAGGCUAAUCGGUUAGGUGUGUAGCGGGUAGUAUUUGGCAUGACACCGUCUGUAGUCUUUUUAAAUCUGAAUGGAGAAUGAGAGCCAGACAAUGCUCAUAGCAUGAAUCACAUUUGAAAAAACAUUCACAGAAGCUUGAAUUUGCGACCAAAGCAAAUUUAACAAAUUGCAACCAAAUUUAUACACACGCCAUUUGACACUUUUUAUAACACAAAUAAUUUAUUCAUUGAGGGUUCAUUAUGAAUUACUUGAAAAACUAAAAACAGUACAGAGCCAUUUUUAUGGUGCUUCCUGGGACAUUUAUUUUGAAAUAAUUCCCUGAAUAUAACAGCACACUGUUUUACAUCAUUGAUGUAUAUGACACAGAUGUCACAUAGUCUCUGUAAAUUCUGAAAAAAAUAUUUUCAAAGGUGUCAUGAAGUUUUAUGUGGAUAUUAGGAAUGUUACAUUUUAUGAUGUGUACAAUCACUUAAAAGUGUCACAGAAUGUGUCUCGUGCACUGGUUUCAAACCAUGUUUAAGGUGGACUCAUUCAACUAAUAUUUUUUAUGAAAGUCGGACCACUGUAGACCACUGGAACCACAUUGUGAUUGCACACUGGAACAAAGUUUCAAGAAUCAAGACGUCAAAACUCAAAAAAGGAAGUAGCUGUUUUGUAAAAGGGAACUCUUGUAGAUCUGCUUCUUCUUUUUUAAGACUGAAUGUGGAGUGAAUAUUGAAUGUUUAAAGUUAGACUACCAUCAUAUUAUUGACCUAACAGGGUUAUGAAGGUAUGUCAACAUUUGUGAGAAUGUAUUUUUUACUAUUGACUUUGGCUGGUUCACUAUUAUGAGGCAUUACGAAUGUAUUUUUGGGUUGUAGAAUUGUAGUGCCAUGUCAUGCUAUGCUGAUGACACUGUUAUGUCAUUUUUAAUGUAGUCAAAUUUUACCUUUGCAAUACUGAAAAGAGCACAAAGAUCUCAUGGGAAAUCAUCACUGUGACAACAUUAGUUUCCUGCAAAUUCUGAUAUUCUUCAGUGUAUGCUUUGUCUCAUGAAGUAAAAAAAAACAUGAGUGAGAGUGAAAUAAAAGAGUGAAUGAGUUAGAGUGAUAUAGAGAGAGUGUGUGCGUUUCUGAAAUUUAGAGACCUUACUAACCUGUGUGAAUCAAUGGAUGUCUAUCCAUUUGCAGGUAAAUUAUUUUGAUGCAUAUUGAACACAAAUCACUUUAAAACAAUUCAGCUGAAUAAACUAAAAAAAUGUCAAACUCAGUAAGACUCUUCUAUAAC